ACAGCCAGCUCUCUAGCCAGAGGGGUUUAGGCACACAGAGGGAGAAUACUGCUGACAGAGAGACAGCAUUAGAGAGAGAGGGAAUGAUACAGAGUGAACUGGCUUUACACUCUCUGAACAGCCACUGCUUUGCUCACUGAUCGCUGCUGUAAACACAGGAUCACUUCUGUGGCAUACAGAUGUCGUGGUUUGUCAGGGACAAAGGAACAAAAUAAAAGGAAAGAUAGACACGAGACUGGAGAACAACAUUGUGUAGUGUGAGGCAGAAAAAGGGAAGAUCACAAUAGAUUUAGACAGUAGAAAAGAUACAACCUAACAAAGACAUCAUCGAAACAUUUCAGAGGAACGUCCAGAUACCAAGAAAGGAAGGAGACAGCUGCAAAGACAAAAACUCUGUGUUCCAAAAACCAACAGGAAGAGGACAGUUGGAAACCGACAGACAAAAUAAUUCCAUCUUCGACUCUCCUCACAUGUAAAUGAGAAGAGCAAAUAAGAGAUAGAGGAGAGACAGGCAAGAAACAAAAGGGACAGCAGGAGGAGAAAGACACCCAAAAAGAAGAAAGUAAAGGCAAGAACUACAAGAGGGACCCUGGAGUAUCUAACCAGUGCUUGGCUCAGCCCAGCAGGGAAGAUGUCCAAGUCCUCCCAUCUGGGCAGACCCAGAUCGGGGGGGUCUAAGAGCCCCAGCUUGAGGAAGGAGCUGCAGGGUAAUCGCUCAUGCAUGUUGCGGAUUGGAGAGAGGCUGAUGAGGGCAGGCAGUGAGGGGAACCUGGUCCUGAGACCCAUUCCAGCCCAGAGCCAGAGCCAUGCUUCUUCAGCUGAAUCAGGGCAAAGAUCGAAUGAGCAGACAUCACCUCCAGCCCUGGAGAAUAAAGCCACUGAGGAUACAGGAAAUAACUCCAGUAAAGAUCCAGGAAACUCCCUGUCCAAAGUCUCUUCUUAUAUUGCUGUGGACAGCAGCACUAAGCAUCUGCUGCAGAAGAAACAACACACCAACAGCAUCCUGCUUGGGAAACCAGACACUUCCCCCUACGGCCCACGUCCACACUCUCCCAGCACCUUACCCCGAAGCUAUGCCACCUCUGCUGGUGCCAGCAGCAGGGAAAGCCAGCUGGACAACCUGGUGAUGCAGCAUCUGGAAUUGGAGAGGAAGAAGGAGGUGUUCCUAGACCACCUGAGGCAGAAGUAUCCCCAUCAUACUGCCAUUAUCAUGAGAAACCAGGACCAGGUGAGAUUUAAGGCUGUGCUGGCGUGCAUUACCUGCCAACAGGCUGUUGCUGAUGAAUACUGAUUUUUUUCUUCACAUAAAUAUUUA